AUGUCCAGCCGCAGUCUCUCCGCGCUGGCGCACUUUUCGACCUCGCGCAUCCGCCCCAGCUCCAUAGUUAGUGCACGACCUGUCCGAGUUCGACACCGACUCCUCUCAACGCUCCCCAAUCUCCCCCUCUUCCGCGCCCUCCAGAGCCAUGACCCGUCCAGUCUGGCUGUUAUUCACAGCACGUCGGCCCGUUCCUUUACGUACGGCAGCCUGAUCGCCGACGUGGUGCGCGCGCGGAACGAGCUGGAGCGGAAAGCUGGGAGCGAAGGUGGCCACGGUCAAUUGACUGGCGAGCGGGUUGCUUUUCUCGCGGAGAAUAGCUAUGAUUACGUGGUGACGCUGCUGGCUAUCCUUGCCAACGACGCCAUUGCGCUUCCCUUGGCUCCCUCAUUCCCCGCAGGGGAGCUGCAGUAUAUCCUCGACAACUCGCAGGCCAAAGUACUGCUUUCUACCGAGAAGUAUGCCGACAAAGCGAGGGAGAUUCUCCGUGCGGGUCUGGACCGGGAACCCGUGUUUGAUAUCAGGAGCAAGAUCCAGAAGGGCGCCGCGGGCGAAUCGGUUACGCUGGAAGAUGCGAAGAAGCCCUCAUCUAGCGGGAUGAUGCUUUAUACUUCGGGCACUACGGCUCGGCCGAAAGGCGUGUUGAUUCCAGAAUCUGCUCUAGCUGCACAGGCAUCAUCGCUUCUUGAGGCAUGGAAGUAUUCCCCUCAAGACAGACUGCUUCAUCUCCUGCCACUGCAUCAUAUCCACGGGACGAUAAAUGCGCUGGUGGCGCCCCUCGUGGCUGGUUCGUGCAUCGAGUUUAUGUACCCGUUCAACACAGAUCAAGUGUGGUCGCGACUCGCUGCACCAUUCCUACCAUCUGGCAACUCCAGCGGAAAGCAGAAGCAGCCAAUUACAUUCCUAACAGCCGUACCGACAGUCUACAACCGGCUCAUGAACGCAUUCCCCAAUCUAACACCAGACUUUCAACAAGCAGCGAAAAAAGGCAUUGCCCCGGAAAACCUCCGACUCAACAUCUCAGGCUCCGCUGCACUCCCCACACCCACCAAAACAGCCUGGAAAAAUCUGAGCGAUGGCAACGUCCUCCUCGAGCGAUUUGGUAUGACCGAAGUAGGAAUGGCGCUCAGCUGCGGGCUCGACUUGGCAGACCGCGUCGACGGCAGCGUGGGCUGGCCACUUCCAGGCGUGGAAGUCCGUCUUGUCGACACGGAGACGGAGCAGGUCAUCCAACCAGGCGAAGAAGUCGCCCCGGACGGCCGCACGCGCGAGGGAGAGAUCCAGCUGCGCGGGGCUACGCUGUUCAGCAGGUACUGGGCGAAUGAGAAAGCGACUCGCGAGGCCUUCGUUGCGAGCGACGAUGGCGGAACGCCGUGGUUCAAAACUGGCGAUGUGGCGACGAGGCAUACCGUCGAGGGUGCCGGUACUGGUCGCAGCGGACCCUGGGCAAGGGGGCCUAUGUAUUUCAUCCGCGGCCGGAAGAGCGUCGAUAUCAUCAAGACGGGAGGUGAGAAAGUCAGCGCGUUGGAGGUGGAGCGGGAGUUGCUUUCUCUUCCCCAAAUCAGUGAAGCAGCGGUAGUAGGCCUCCCCUCCGAACAAUGGGGUCAAAAAGUCGCCGCCGUCAUCGUCCUGCAUCCGUCCGCGCAGACAGCCGGCCGGAAUGGAAAGCCCUGGGGCGCAAUGGAUAUGCGGCGCGCCCUGCGUGAUCGAUUGGCGGCUUAUAAGGUGCCGCAGGAGAUGAAGCUUUUAGAUUCUAUUCCGAGGAAUGCGAUGGGGAAGGUUAAUAAGAAAGCGCUUGUGAAAGAGGUUUUUGGUGUUUGA